AUGGCGGCAGACGACGGAGAUCCGGGCGAAAAGGAUAGGAGAAACGACGCGGGUGGAAAGGCGGAAAAGGCAGGGAACUCACGAAGGCCACAGGACGCUCCCCUGCCAGCAGAGCCCGACGAGCAUUUUCCAGAUGUAACCAUGACCGACUACUCUUCCUCUUCCUCCUCUUCCUCCUCUUCCUCCUCGUCUUCGUCCUCUUCCUCGUCUUCCUCCUCCUCUUCGUCUUCGUCCUCUUCCUUGUCUUCUUCCUCUUCGUCUUCCUACUCUUCGUCUUCCUCCUCUUCGUCUUCUACCCCUUCCUCUUCUCCGUCCGGCUCGUUGACGGCAGCACAUCUCCUGCACAAUGCGCCCCUACGGCAGAGUUUUUUGCGGAAGGAAAUGGUGGACGGGAAGAGCGGCGCUCUCAUGUCUGUGGAUGCAGUCCAGUUCGACGUCCUCUCUGGAGAGGAAAUCAGCAGAUACAGUGAAGUCGAGAUUCAGAACCGAGAAAUCUACGUGAACAUGACAAGCACUCCGCAUCCGUACGGGGUGCUCGAUCUCCGCCUGGGCCCGAACAAGAGCGACAGCCGCUGCCAAACGUGCGGCCACACGCUCCUCCAGUGCACUGGGCACUGGGGGUACAUGGAUUUGCAAGCACCAGUUUACCAUGUGGGCUACUUCAAGUACGUCCUCCAGAUCUUGUACUGCAUCUGCAAGACGUGCGCGGCGUUGCUGCAGCCGCCGGAGCAGAAAGAGAAGUUGCUGUCGCGGAUUCGCCGCCACCAGUCGGAUCCGAUCGUCAAGCGCCUUCUGUUCAAGCGCACCGUGGAGGCCUGCAAGAAGGUGUCCAAGUGCUUUGAGUGCGGGGCGCCGCAGGGUGUUUUGAAGCGCGUGGUGAAGCCAAGUCUGGACCAGUUCAUGAAGAUUCGGCACGUGGUGAAGUUCAAGGAGGGCCGCGCCCUGACCGUCGAGGACGACCUCGAUCCGCUGUACGUGAAGAAUCUCCUGGAGCGGAUUCGGCCCAGCGAGUGCGAGAUCCUCGACAUUGUGUCGCCGGAGAAACUGCUCCUGUCGAGGCUUCUCGUGCCGCCGAGCUGCAUCCGGCCGUCCGUGACGAUCGGCGAGCAAGGCACGACGGAGGACGACUUGACCUGCGUGCUGUCGGACAUUGCAGAGCUGAACAAUGUCCUCCUCAGCCACGUCCAGGCGGGUUUCCACACGAACCAGUUCCUGGGCAUCUGGGAGUUCCUGCAGCUCCAGUGCACGCGGCUGAUCAACGCGGACGCGCCUGCAGUCUCCCAGCUGCUCGCGUCGAAGAACAUCAGCAAACCGGGACGGGGGAUCUGCCAGCGGCUGAAGGGCAAAGAGGGCCGUUUCCGCGGCAACCUGUCGGGGAAGCGCGUGGACUUCUCGGGGCGCACGGUGAUCUCGCCGGACCCGAACGCGAACGUGUACGAGGUGGUAGUGCCCGAGUGGGUUGCGAAGCGGCUUACCUUUCCCGAGCGCGUGAACCGCGUCAACAUCGAAGUGCUCCGCGCCGCCGUGCUCAAGGGAUGCAGCGACUGGCCCGGCGCGUGCUACGUGAACAAGGCGGACGGGAGCAAGUGCAGUUUGCGCUACGCGAAUCGCCGGCACGUCGCCGAGAAUCUGCAGAUCGGCGACGUUGUCGAGCGCCACCUGUGCAACGGCGACGUGGUCCUCUUCAAUCGGCAGCCGUCGCUGCACAGAAUGAGCAUCAUGGCGCACCGCGCGCGCGUGAUGCCUUGGCGCACCUUCCGGUUCAACGAGUGCGUCUGCUCGCCGUACAACGCCGACUUUGACGGCGACGAAAUGAAUCUGCAUCUGCCGCAGACGCACGAAGCCCGCGCGGAGGCGCUGUACCUCAUGGGAGUCGUCAACAACCUCGUGACGCCGAAGAACGGCGAACCCCUGAUUGCAGCCACGCAGGACUUCCUCUCCUCCUCGUACAUGCUGACGCACAAGGACGUCUUCCUCACGCGCGACCAAUUCUGCCUCAUCUGCUCGUACUUCACCGACGGCCUGAGCCAAGUGGAUCUGCCGCCGCCGACCGUCCUCAAGCCAGUCGAACUGUGGACUGGCAAGCAAGUGAUCGGCGUUCUUCUCCGCCCGAACGGGAACAGCUUCGUGAUGGUGAACUUCCAACUGAAGGAGCGGGAAUUCGCUGCGGCGCGCAUCCCCCCCGGCGAGUCGCCGUUCAUGUGCCCCAGCGACGCCUACGUCAUCUUCCGCCACUCCGAGCUCCUCGCCGGGUGUAUCGGAAAGAAAGUCCUCGGAGACGCAAAGUUCGGGCUGUUUUUCCACCUGAUUCGCGACAACUCGCCCGCGCAAGCAGCUGCGUGCAUGACCCGCAUCGCCAAGCUCUCCGCGCGGUGGUUCGCGAACCGUGGCAUGACCAUUGGGAUCGACGACGUGACACCAAGCCCGACGCUUCUCGCGGCGAAGAAAGACAUUUUGAACCACGGCUACAACCUCGUGGCUCAGGAGAUCCAGAUGUACAAGAAAGGCGCUCUCCAGCCUCACCCUGGAUGCACGCUGGAGCAGACGCUCGAAGUCCGUGUCAAGUCCAUUUUGGAUGACCUGCGAAACGAAGCUGGCAAGGCCUGCAACCGCGUUCUCCAUCCGCUCAACAAACCCCUCAUUAUGUUCAAUUCGGGGGCGAAGGGCGCGCUGAUCAACAUCGCGCAAAUGAUUGCCUGUGUGGGUCAGCAGAACGUCAGCGGCCAGCGAAUUCAGAACGGCUUUGUGUCGCGAACGCUCCCGCACUUCCCUCUAAACUGCAGAGAUGCAAAGUCGCGCGGCUUCGUCGCCAACUCGUUCUACUCGGGACUCCAACCCGACGAAUUCUUCUUCCACACGAUGUCCGGACGCGAGGGUCUAGUCGACACUGCCGUGAAGACUGCGGAAACAGGGUACAUGCAGAGGCGGUUGAUGAAGGCUCUGGAAGACCUCUCGAUUCGCUACGACAAUUCGGUUCGGACCAGCGACGGCCAGAUUGUCCAGUUCGUGUAUGGAGAUGACGGACUGAACCCAGCGAUGAUGGAGGAUAAAAACCAGUCCAUGUGCCUCGACAAAGUCUUUCAACACAUUUCUUCGCUUCUUCACAUCAAACCGCUCCAUCUCCUCCCACCUGCGUCUUCGGUGGGCUCCUCGUUUCCGCUUGCGCCGCCUUCGUGGCCAAGCAGCGCCCGCGACAGGAUUCUUCCUCCAGAGAGCGACGAGGCGUUAGCCACGCUUCUCCAGCGCUACGAGAAGAUGGACCUGCGACUCGUGGAAGCCUCGCAGCGACAGGCCAGCGGCAAGGUCGAGCCUCCGAGAGCCAUCUACGAGUUUUUUUCGCGCCUCGGAGCCUCUGAGGGAGGCCGCGGGAAAGAGAAGCGCGCGCGCGAGGACUGGGCCAAACUUAUGAAGUUGCCGAGGUCGUACCGACAGAAACUGGCGAUCCUCCUGCAGACGGGGGCGGGUGGGAAUGCUGCGACCAGUCGGUUCUGUCAGCAGGUUCGCGGGAAUUUGCUGGCGCACGUCGCGGUGUACGAGUGGUUGCCGAUCCGGGAGCAGCACGCGCCGCUUCUCCCCUUUGAAAUUCUAAAGUGGAGUUCGUACCUCCUCACCCAUACGGCCGAGCUGGUGCCGCUCCCGCUGUGUGAGCACCAAAAGGUGGCCCUCGAGGAGGCGCCGACGCACCAGAGCGGCACGGAGCGCGUGCGGCUUUUCCAGGAUGAGCUCUGGGCCUGGCUAGAGCGGAAAGCGGGAGACGUUGCAGAGUAUCGCGAAGGGGACCGAGAGAAACCGGGGCUGACAGAAGACAGCUACGAGAGCCUGCUGGCUGGUUGGAGACACCUAGGCUUCGGCAUCGAACGCCGGCAGUGGAUUGUGCCCGAAGGCGAGGGCGGUCAGCACGCGCUCCCCGUGAAAACCGAGGGCGAGGCAGGAGGUCGAUUCGUCGCCGGCAGCGAAGGGCCAGAGCGCGGCGUCUCUCAAGGCGGACAGCUUCUGCCGGGUGCUCGAACCUGCCGAGAGCCAGCUCGCGGGAACGCGCAUGCGACAUCUCACCCUGGACCGAGGAACGCGAGUGGGGACACCGCCCUUUGUCUCCCCGACAGGAAAUGGAAAUUCAGCAAACACCAGUGGGUGACGGUGAGACACAUCCUCGAAUUCCUGCGAUGCAGCUGGCGGAAAUACGUCAAGGCGAUCAGUGAGGCUGGCGAGGCUGUCGGAGCGAUGGGGGCCCAGUCGAUUGGCGAACCAGGCACGCAGAUGACGCUCAAGACUUUCCACUUUGCAGGCGUGGCGUCCAUGAACGUGACGCUCGGGGUCCCCCGGAUCAAGGAAAUCAUUAACGCAGCACAGAAGAUUCAGACUCCUAUUAUCGUAGUGCCGCUCGUUAACGACGAAGACUACAAUUAUGCGGUGAUGGUGAAGAAUCGGAUCGAGAAGACGCUGCUGUCGGAGUGCUGCUCGUACAUCAAAGAGGUGUAUGCGCCCGACGGUGCGUGGCUAGUCGUCAAGCUCGACCAGCACACAAUUCGGAAACUCUUCCUCGACAUCAACGCAAACACAGUCAAAGAAGCGAUUCUCAGGCAGACGGCCGUCAACAAAGUUCGCAUUACGAAGAGCUCCGUGGAAAUUAUCAACGAGUGGAAAGUGCGCGUAAUGCCUCCUGGAGGAAACCAGAUCUUCUUUCAGCUGCAAGCGCUCAAAAUUGGCCUUCUGAACAUUGUUCUAUGUGGCCACAAAGAUGUCAAGAGAGGCGUGAUCAAGUGCGAGCACGUCGAGCAACCCGACAAAACUAAAAAGACAGUGUACGGUCUCGCUGUCGAAGGCUAUGGACUUCGAGAUGUCAUGGGCACUCAGGGUGUGAAGGCCCUCCAAGCUACCUCGAACCAUGUGAUGGAAGUUGCUCAGAUUCUUGGCAUCGAAGCAGCGCGAGCCGUGAUUAUCAGCGAAAUCCGGAAGUGUAUGGACGCGUACUCGAUGGAUAUCGACUGUCGCCACAUGACACUCCUCGGUGACGUCAUGACAUUCAGGGGAGAAGUUCUUGGGAUCAACCGCUUCGGCAUCCAAAAAAUGCGCGCGUCCACUUUAAUGCUGGCGUCUUUCGAAGAGACAAACGAGCACCUGUUCGAGGCUGCCGUCCACCAUCGGGCGGACCCAGUCAAAGGCGUCAGCGAGUGUAUCAUCAUGGGGAAGCAGGUUUCUCUCGGAACCGGAAGCUUCGACCUGCUGCUUUCUCAGUCGGGCGCACCCCUCACCAGUGACUACAGCGGCGUGCUGUCAACAUUUGGACUGCAGGAGAAACAUGCCGUGUAG